AUGGCGACGGACGUUACUCCUGAGACGGUUGGGUUUUUGUCUGCAGUUGGAGUCGUCAUUAUCCUCCCUGCAGUCCUUUUCCACUUCAUCAACAAGAAGCUCUGCUUUGAAAAGAGAGGUGGGCUUCCAUGCUUGGAACAACAAGGGAGAAGAAAGCACUACAAAGAAAAGUCCAGAGUUCAUGAGGGCCACGUAAACAGUUACGGGGAGGAUGAAGAACAGACAGCGUCUUCAGGCAGCGAUGAUGAGGUGAUUAAGCAGUUUGACAUCUCUGUGUCAUGCUCACAAAGUUUUCGAUCAGAAGUAUCUGAAAAAGCAACACCAGCAGGCGCGGAGCGUAGACCCAAAUUCAGCCGUUUGCCCUCCAGCCAUGAGAAGUACAGUACAGAGGUAUCUGAAUGCAAAGAUCUGGAUGGACUAAGCCAACUGAGUUACCAAGACAACCUAUCCUAUCGUGAAGAUGACCAUGUAUCUGUUGAUUCAAGAACAACAACAGAGAGUAGGGGUGCUGGGCAGCGUAAAGGGCCUAGGAUGGAGUCCAGCAUUGCUGAUGGCAUUAGCCGGCAAGCCAUGGAAGGAUGUUCGGGAAUGGAGACAGCAUUUACCAACCAGGGAUUUGAAGUAAAUGAUGCUACUGACAGCUCAUCGGCUUGGAGCCCUGAGGAACAUGAUGAAGUGAACAGUGUCCCAGCUCAUCAUGGUGCUCAUGAGCCUAUCUGUAAAUGUGGUGAUCUAGAUGUCAUCUUCAACUAUAAAGCCUCAAGUCAAAAGCUAGUAGUUACUAUCUUGGAGGCCAGGGAUAUCCCAGACAAAGACCGCAGUGGUGUGAACAGCUGGCAAGUGCACACAGUCCUGAUGCCUAGCAAGAAACAGAGGGGUAAGACAAGUGUUCAGAGAGGACCCGUCCCCAUAUUCAAGGAUAAAAUUACCUUCAGUAAGCUGGAGCUAGAGGAGUUAAGCAGCCAUGCCAUUCGUUUCCGCCUCUAUGCUGUGCACAAGAUGAUUGGAGAGAAGAUGAUGGGAGAGCAGUUGUUCUACCUGAGAAACAUCAGCCAGGAAGGGGAAGCGAAGGUGACGUUGGUCUUGGAGCCAAGGAGUAAUUUGAGCAGUGCAGACUCUCAGCUUAGUCUGUCAGCAAUCUCUCACAGUGAUAGCGCUUCUUCAAGACAGUCCCUGUCGCAUGGAGGGGUGCCAGAGCUGCUCGUGGGAUUGUCGUACAAUGCCACUACGGGGCGGCUGUCAGUGGAGAUGAUCAAAGGCAGUCAUUUCCGAAACCUCGCAAUUAAUAGGCCACCUGACACCUACGGAAAGCUCUGCUUGCUCAACUCUGUGGGCCAGGAGAUGUCUCGCUGCAAGACCUCCAUCCGUCGAGGACAGCCCAACCCUGUCUACAAGGAAACUUUCAUCUUCCAGGUUGCCCUCUUCCAGCUCUCUGAUGUCACGCUAAUGAUCUCCAUAUACAACAGACGCAGCAUGAAGCGCAAAGAGAUGAUCGGCUGGAUUUCUAUGGGUCAGAACAGCAGCGGAGAGGAAGAGCAAAGUCAUUGGCAGGAAAUGAAGGAGUCGAAGGGGACGCAGGUCUGCAGGUGGCAUACGCUACUGGAGUCCUAG